GCGCAGGACGGCGGGGGGAGAGAGAGGAGUGUGUGGACAGCCCCGGCCGCGCUUUUGCCUCUCAUUUAUUAUGAUGACCAGAGCGCUGGAGAGGUUAAAUAGUUGCCAAGGCGCUAGCAGCCCGACUCCAUCUCCUCCUCCUCUCUGUCCGGGCUGGAACUAACGACCACACACAACUGCUGCGAGAGGAGAAUCACGUUGUUCGAAACAGCUUCGCCUUCCUUCUCCCUGGGGCACUUUUCUCCCUGGCCGAGCAGCUCGAGGCGGCGGCGAAGCCGGCCACGGAGGUCCCCGCCCCCUGAGGAAUGGAGUCCGGGGAAGAGUGAGAGGGGAAGCGGGUGUCGUUGGCUUCGCUCCUCCGGCGGCGUCUGCGUUGGAGCUGCGGCGGGAGGGAUGGCAGAGGCGCAGGAGCAGACACAGAAUAUGGGAACUCAGCACCGAAUAAAAGUAGAUGUCCCUGAUCGUGUUCUUUACACUGUAGGCUCCUGUGUUCUUGUCAUUGGUUCCAUUGGAAUCACAGGAAAUCUCCUUGUCCUCUAUGCAUUUUACAGCAACAAGCGUCUGAGGACACCGGCAAACUAUUUCAUAAUGAAUUUAGCGGCAAGUGAUUUUCUGAUGUCUGCAACUCAAGCUCCAAUCUGCUUUCUCAACAGCAUGCACACAGAAUGGGUACUUGGAGACAUAGGUUGUAACUUUUAUGCUUUUUGUGGGGCACUCUUUGGAAUUACUUCCAUGAUGACUUUAUUAGCUAUUUCAGUUGAUCGCUACUGUGUGAUUACUAAACCUCUGCAAUCUCUAAAAAGGUCUUCAAAGAAACGCUCAUGCGUAAUCAUUGCCUUUGUCUGGCUCUACUCGCUGGGAUGGAGUGUAUGUCCUCUCUUUGGAUGGAGUUCCUAUAUACCUGAAGGUUUGAUGAUAUCUUGUACAUGGGACUACGUAUCCUAUUCUCCAGCAAACAGAAGUUAUACCAUGAUGUUGUGUUGCUUUGUGUUCUUUAUCCCUCUGAUAAUAAUCUUCCACUGCUAUCUAUUCAUGUUUCUGGCCAUUAGAAGUACUGGCAGGAACGUUCAGAAGUUAGGAUCAACCUAUAACCGGAAGUCAAAUGUUUCGCAGUCAGUGAAGAGUGAAUGGAAGUUAGCAAAAAUCGCCUUUGUGGCUAUUGUGGUAUUUGUUCUGUCCUGGUCCCCAUAUGCCUGUGUCACUCUGAUUGCGUGGGCAGGCUACGCCAAGACCUUAAACCCAUAUUCUAAAUCUGUGCCAGCUGUUAUUGCCAAAGCUUCUGCGAUCUACAAUCCCAUAAUCUAUGCAAUCAUUCACCCAAGAUACAGGAGAACUAUUCGAAGUGCUGUCCCUUGCUUGAGAUUCCUUAUACGGAUCUCACCAAGUGAUCUUACAACAAGUUCUGUAAACGAGUCGUCAUUCAGGGCUUCUAUGUCCAACCGUCACUCUUUUGCUGCCAGGAACAAGAGCAGUUGUGUUUCUUCCAUUUCUGCAGCAGAAACAACUUGGAGUGACAUGGAGCUUGAGCCUGUGGAGGCAGCCCAUAAGAAACGGCAACCCCAGCGAAGCAGCUCUUUCUCAGAACAAGCAGGAAAAGAGAGUGGGUUGCUCCUAAAGACCCAGAGCUGUAAUGUGCUGACUGGAGAAAAGAUUGCAGUGUCCUCCAUCAGUCUGCACGACCCGUUUGAGAGAUCAUUUGGAGAGAAUGCCCCAGAACUGCUGCUCAAGCCCAGUUGUUUGAGAACAUCAUCUCUUCCAUUUGGCUUGAAUAGUAGCAGCACGGAAGAGAAUGCAGACACUUCUCACAUGGAAGUUCAAGAGCAGCAAACAGAUGGAAGCCUCAACUCAUUAAUGAGCGCCACCAUCCCACAAAUAGUUAUCGUUUCUACCUCAGAGACCACCCUCUCUGAGGAGCAAUAUGAGCCAGAAAAUGGACGGGCAGAAAAUUCCAGUGUAUUAUUUUCUCCAGAAAAGAAUCACCUGUUGGACAUAGGAAGGCUUAGCUCCUCUACCAACCUCAUUGAAGCAAUUGAGAAGCUUCUGUCCUAAAUAUGGAAGAGAGCAACUAUGUGGUCUUUUUGCUGCUUCUUUGCAUUAUUAUACCAAAAAAUAAGAGGGGGGAACCCACAUGAAGAACUCUGAGCCUUGUAGAUUAAGCAGAUAACUUUAUAUAUAUAUGUAUAUUUUUUUGUAAUGCAAUCUUUAGCCCUUCUUGAAUUUUAUGCACUUUGCAGAAGCAAAACAACAGCAAUAGAUGCUGAAGGCUCAAAGCAUCCAUAGCGUAGAUAACAAGUGUUUGCCAACCGAAACACCUAGUAAAUAUUUCUCUGUAUCUGUAUUCAGGAUACGUUUUCAUGCUUUAAUACCUUUCCAAGCAGUUCCAUUGCUGGAGUGCCCAGCAACCAUAAGCCCUGCCGUAAUUCCAGAUGCUAAGAUUAGUUCCGGAAAGAAAUAUCAGCUAUGCAUUCCUCAAUAAACCUGGUCCAAUAAUUGGCCAUUCUCCACCACUUUAGCCACCAAAUGACAGAAGGUAGAUCAAGUGGAGAUGUUUGACGGGGCAGAAGCAGCCAUUGUCUAGCAACCAGAAACCAGUUGACUUUUUGUUCUGACUCGACACAACAGGUAGUUUGCCAUCUGUCCUGUGUAACUGAAGCUAUGACUAGAGGAGGAAGAAAUGAAAGUAGCAAGAAGAUGAGCAUCCCUUAAGACUAAACUUCCUAAUUACUCACAGGUUAAAUGAGCCCACUUUGAAAACAAUCGCCCUCAGGAAUGAGGCCAAAACUAUGCACAAGAAAUGUAAUAUAGCAUAGCACUUGUUAAGUCCAGAUGUAAAGAUGGGUGUCAACCCUUCUCAGUCACAAGGGAAAGUGAGACUGUUGUGCAAAGCUAAUGCAGUCAUUCCUGUCUUAUCCCUAUAGGGUGUCAACAGUGGCAAAAAAAUCACCUUAGGUCAUGGUUAACAAUAUGUGUCAAUAGUAAUGAGCUCACUGUUGAAUUCUCACAAUAAGCUUUACUCACGGACAACAAUAAAACCACUUAAAUGCUCUA